AUAUACGAAGUUCUCUAACUCAUGAGGAGGGCAUCCUGAAAUCUCAAAACCAAAAAUUCUUGUCCAAUUUAUAGAGUGACCCAAAAGUACCCAAAAUAGUCAUGGCCAAGGUUAAUUAUCUAUCGAUUGGUAUCCUCUCUUUCUUACUUUGCAUUGGAGCUUGCUUAGCAUUCGAAGGAUACACCACUGGUUUUGAGGAGAAGAGGGCCAUGACUUGGUGUGUGGCGAAACCAAGUGCAACAACUGAGAUGCUGCGGCAAGCCAUAGUGACAUGUUGUGAAGACACAGGGAUAUCCUGCGGCCCUAUAUAUCCUCCUAAUGGAAAAUGCUUCCAGCCCAACACUUUGGCAAAUCAUGCUUCUGUGGCUCUCAAUAUCUUCUACAAAGCCCGUAGGAUUUGCCCUGGCCAAGCUGGUGUUGUUACCACCAAAGAUCCAUCUUAUGGGCAGUGCAUUUUUGAAGGAACUCCAUGAGGGCAUGCAAGAAUUAUUCGAUUUUUAAUUUCAAUAAUGGAGAUCAAUGCAAGAACCUGAAUUAAUAUAUGAUGCAAUUUUUGGUUGUGGAGCCUUUUAUGCAUAUAUAUAUAUAUAUAUAUAUAUAUGUAUGUAUGUAUUUGAGUUGAGCAUAUAUUAAGGAAGUACUUUUGUGUGGUUGAUAUUUUCUCCUAAUGGAAUAAAAAAUCUCAUAGUCACUUAAAAUCUAA